GGCAAAUCUGAGUGAUUAUUUUAUUUUUCUCAGAUUCCAAAUGAGAGCAUACAUUUUUUUUUGUUUGGUAUGCUGGAUAAGAACUGAAACUAAACGACCAUGCCUUGAAUUCUCUCCCCUAAAUAUAAAGGAUGCCUUCAGAGAUUUAUUUAUUCCUAGAACAAAUAUAAUUCUGAUGAUGUAUACAAGAAACAACCUGAACUGUGCUGAGCCACUGUUUGAACAUAAUAAGUCACUUAAUGUUAACUUCAACACACAAAAGAAAACAGUCUGGCUUAUUCAUGGAUACAGACCACUGGGCUCAUCCCCAUCAUGGCUUCAGAACUUUAUACGGAUUUUGUUGAAUGAAGAGGACAUGAAUGUAAUUGUAGUUGACUGGAACAGGGGUGCUACAACUUUAAUUUAUAAUAGAGCAGUUAAAAACACCAGAAGGGUUGCUGAGACUUUGAGUGGGCACAUUAAAAAUCUCUUGAAACAUGGAGCAUCUCUUGACAAUUUUCAUUUCAUAGGUAUAAGCUUAGGGGCUCAUAUUAGUGGAUUUGUUGGAAAGAUAUUUUAUGGUCAACUUGGAAGAAUAACAGGUCUUGACCCAGCUGGGCCAAAAUUUUCUGGAAAACCACCAUAUAGCAGAUUAGAUUACACUGAUGCAAAAUUUGUGGAUGUCAUUCAUUCUGAUUCCAAUGGUAAAAAUGCAAAACUUAUUUCCUAA